AUGUUUUGUUUGUGUGUUACUUGCAGAGGAGGCCAGUAGGGAGAAGGAGCGUCUGGAGGAGAAACAGAGAGCGUCCAGGAAGGACAGAGCCAAGGACGAGGAGGAGUGGAACACCAGACCGUCUGCUUCUGUCUCAUGCAGCUCACUGAUCAAGUGGUUCCAGAUGGGCACCAACCCGUACACCAACGCUCCGGCCUGGCUCUACACCGGGGGAUACUUCAAUAGAAACUACCAAGACCUGCCCGACAUCUACUGAUAGUCCUCCAGCCUCCAUCAUCCUCCUGUAUAACAUGCAAUGUCGUGAAAUGGAGAGAAAUGUACAAAAAAGAAAUCCACCUUCCCAUCUUCAUCUCACUGCCUCCAUCCUCUUUAAACUGAGAGCGACAGAGGAGAUUGAAACUCAUCCACGUCUCUCAGCAGCCUGCUUCACGCCCUCUGAGUCUUCAGCUCUUUUUUUCUUUUUAAAUCUCUGCUUAUUCUCAUUUUUGGUGAUUUUGUCACAUAGCGACCAGCACAUUUUCUUACUGAGGGAUGGCAGCGAGCUGGUGAAAUCAACGGUUCAUCUGAAUGUUUAACACUUUUACUUCACACACUCUGAGAAAGCACCCCCCCCCACCUGACUGUCACACGUGUUGUUAUGGAGUUAAAUCAUGAAGUAAAACAUAAGUCACAGUGAUGGCCUCUUUCUUUACAUACUUUGAAAAUAAAUAUAGGUGACAUUGUACCCUGUAAGGAAGACUAUUUUAAAUGUUGGUGAAAGGAGCUCAUUACUGUCUGUGUGUAAUGUCCCUGAAACACUGUCCACCUCACAUUAACCUUCUGCUAAAGGUUUAUGUGCUGAAAUGAAUCCAGACAGACUACUAGAGAGCAGAUGCUUCCUCGACAGCAGAGGGGAAUGUGAUGCCGGGAGGGGACCAGGAGAGGAACCACACACCAUGUGACGUUCUCCUGCACAGCAACACAUUAAUUGACCUUUGAACCCCUGUCUGCACUUGGCUUCUGUUUGUCUGUAAACGUAGCUUUCUCUUGCAGUAUAAUUGUAAAGUACGAUUGACGUUAACGAAAGAAAUGAGGAAACACUUAACGGAAUGUUCUGAUGCAGCACGGCUAGCUGCUGAGUCGUAGCUGAGCUGUCAUCCUCUGCUUCGUACAUCUCUUCAAAGGCGGAGGAAAUGUUGAAAGUUCUCUUUAGGCACAAUUCUGCUUUCCACAUGAGUUUGUCAUUUAUAACUGUAUAUACAACUCCCAGAUUUGACACAACCACCACCUGUGUGGAGAGAAUAUAAGUACAUGCAUCAAUUAUUGUAUAAAUAUGUACAGACACGUAAAGCCAUAUUAACUACAGGAGAGGGCACUUGUGUGAACGAUGGCAAUUAUGAAACCUCAAGAUUGACCUUAUUAUUGGCACUCACUUUAGCAUGAUUAAAAAAGGAAGCGUUACUCGUGUCAGUGUAAUAAUCUGCUGUGCAGUUGAAUUGGAUGUAAGAGUUAAAAUGUCACUAAAAGAAACAUAUGUAUAAUCGUGUGUGUUCCUCCCACACAAAAGGGGCAGAUCUGUCGUUUAAUGUUCCGUCUUUGCUGUGUGUAAAAUGUCCGAUUCUGAUUGUAGCAAAAAAUAAACUUGUUAGAUAUCAUCGGCAAGUCAUACGCUCCCAAACUUUUUCAAAUUGAAGCAAAAAGUACUCUAGUGAACUUAAGCACAUUAUAAGGGAAAGAGACACACAGAAACUUGAUGAGUCAUGCUCUGCACAGUCAUAAUAAAUCCCUUUACGUGUCGGUUUGCUCGGGCAGAUACAGUCUAAGGUUGUGAGGCAAGCUCAUUUAAAUUCAUAUGUGAUUUAUAUAUAAAGAACCUUCUACUUCCUGCUAUCUGCAACACACACUACACACUUCCUGUUUGUGAGAUUGUGACAGAAAACUACUAGUGAGAGAGCUUUUGUUGAAAAAGGGAACGUUGCACCCUAGUUUGCACUCCGUUAAACAACGAUGGCAGUAGUGUAAUACAUCUAUUCCUUUAGCAAUGUUCAUUUUAAAUCACCAUUCGAUGCGUUUUGUUUCCUGCUAUUUUAAAUAUCACAUUCCAUCAGUUCUAUUUCACCAACUCUAUGCAAGUGUUGCACCUCAACAUGAAUCUGUGUCCUCUGUUAUUGUACUGUAGCUUUACAUUCCUCGUAACACACACACACAUUAUCUCAAUAUACUCCGAAUAUUUGGAAGGAAUUACACACAUCUUGGACCAAUUAAUCUUUUAAUUUGUGUUUAAUUGUUUUAUUUGAUUUCUAUGUCAUGCUUAGCAACUCCCUUUUUCAUUCCCUUGUUUUCGUUUGAUUGUAUUUAUGUUUAUUAUUUAUGAUGUUUGCGGUUCUAGGAAAUAAUGAUGUCGUUUUUUCUCUUUCUCCUAAAACAUAAUUCCAAUGUAAAAUCAAUCACCGGCUUCACGCUUAGCUACUCAUUAAAAAUGAAUCCCACAAACACUACAUUAGUAGAACUGGUCGAAUGCUAAAUGAACCCAAACAGGAACAAACCAUUGUUGGAAAGUGCUGAUUCAGCGUCUACCCCUCACAUUAUUACUGUGUCAUUAAACGCGCUCCAUGUCGCUUUGUGUCGGUUCUUUCUACAUGAAUGCCUUCUGUGUAGUUUCUCCUCCUGCACUGUAUCACGGGGUUGUUGUCGAUGUUAUGUGUGUACAAGUGCUGCACAGAGGUAAUCACAAAUGGCAUAUAUCAUUUUGUGCAAUUGAUUUAUUUUUAUAGUAUUUAAACUGUUUUUGUUGAGAACGUUGUACCAGAUGUUUUACUUUUGAGGUGUGGGUCAUAUCCAGUCUGUGGACAGCUUGGUAGAAUAAUGAAAGGGGGGGAAAUGUCUACUAAUAAAAUCCUAAUUUCAA